AUGGCUGCCCAUCCUAGUAGCCGCUUGCAGACUAUGUUGCAGGCUGCAGUGCAAUCGGUUCAAUGGACUUACAGUCUCUUUUGGCAAAUGUGUCCACAACAAGGGAUCUUAGUGUGGGGAGAUGGGUACUACAAUGGACCAAUCAAGACUAGGAAAACAGUGCAACCAAUGGAGGUUAGUACUGAAGAAGCCUCCUUGCAAAGGAGUCAACAGCUUAGAGAGCUCUAUGAUUCGUUAUCUAUAGGAGAGACCAACCAGCCAGCACGGCGGCCUUGCGCUGCCUUGUCACCGGAGGACUUAACGGAGACUGAGUGGUUUUAUCUGAUGUGUGUGUCCUUCUCUUUCUCUCCUGGUGUUGGUUUACAGCAUGUGUGCAUGUCGAUUAGGUUAGCAGGAAAGGCCUACGCAAAGAGGCAACACGUAUGGCUUACUGGUGCAAACGAGAUGGAUAGCAAAACUUUCUCCAGAGCCAUCCUUGCCAAGGUGUUAUUUGCUCCCGACUUCAUUUUUUUGAUACGCCUUCAAUGGCUUAAACUUAACUUUAUCCGAGCACUCCACUUCCAACCCUCCCACCUCCUCAGACCAACCUCGCUUCCAUUCCUUACCCAUCCCUCCCUACUACGUGGCUGCAGACCCCCCGUCAAUGGCGGACACAUUGACGAGGACGAAGAAGAAGAUGAUGUUGAUGAAGAGGAACAUGAAUCAGAUUCAGAAGCCGAAACCAGUCGCGAUGCUCUCUUAGAACCGAUUCAGUCUCAAAACCCUCAUCAAGUUGCAGCGGCUGAGCCGAGCGAGUUAAUGCAACUUGAGAUGUCUGAGGACAUCAGGCUUGGUUCUCCUGAUGAUGGGUCUACUAAUUUGGAAUCAGAUUUUCCUUUGAUUGGCCCAGACAACUUGAUGGAUCACCAGAGCCGAGGUGACUCGUUUAGAGCGGAGUCCGUUCGGAGGUGGACGACAGUGUUGCAAGACAACCCUUUCAGUGGUAACCUUCAACCAUCAAUUUCAGGACCACCUCCGCUAGAAGACUUGGCGCAAGAGGACACACACUACUCCCUAACAGUUUCCACCAUCCUUCAAAGCCAACCAACUUCGCUGGUAGCAGAGCUAUCCUCCAUUGCACACAGGGGAUACACCAACCAAUCAGCUUUUGCCAAUUGGACAAACCGCUCAGAUCAUCUCUUCCACAUGCCGGUGGAGACCACUUCGCAGUGGCUCCUUAAGUACAUUCUAUUCAGCGUACCAUAUCUCCACAGCAAAUACCACGAAGAAAAUUCCCCAAGGUCACGUGAUGGCGAUGCAGCCGAUCAGGUCCGCAGGAGGACCCCACAGGACGAGCUAAGUGCCAAUCACGUACUAGCAGAACGACGCCGUAGGGAGAAGCUAAACGAGAGGUUUAUAAUAUUAAGGUCGCUAGUGCCAUUCGUGACCAAAAUGGACAAAGCAUCAAUAUUAGGGGACACAAUCGAAUAUGUGAAGCAACUACGUUUGAAAAUUCAGGAUCUGGAGGCACGUAAUAAACAACAGACGGAGAAGGAGCAACGUUCGAGAUCGGUGGACCCACCGCAGAGAACCACUAUUUCCGCUAGUUUGAAAGAGCAAAAGAGCGGGAUCACAGUUUUGGAUCGGGCUCGGAGUCUAGGGCCUGGGUCAGAUAAAAGGAAGAUGAGGAUUGUAGAGGAUAGUGCUGGUGGCGGUGCCAAGCCCAAAACGGUGGAGGCAUCGCUUCAGCAGCCAGAGCCGAUGGUCUAUGUGGAGCCGGAGAUCAGCGUUGAGGUGUCGAUAAUAGAGAGUGACGCAUUGUUAGAAUUGCAAUGUGGUUACAGAGAAGGGCUUUUACUAGACAUAAUGCAAAUGCUAAGGGAGCUCAGGAUAGAAACUAUUGCGGUUCAGUCUUCUAUGAACAAUGGGAUCUUUGUAGGGGAACUGAGGGCCAAGGUGAAGGAGAAUGUUAACGGAAAGAAGGUAAGCAUUGUGGAGGUGAAGAGGGCAAUACAUCAAAUAAUACCCCAUGAUUGA